AUGUGCUACAGUGGUCAAGCCGGACUGCUCUUCAAGACGGUAUCGCUCGCUGCUGCACGGCAGUACGCGCUAUCUGUCGCGCUUAUUUGCGUUGUGAGGUUAUUUCUACUUAAAUACUUCGACUCAUGGCCAUUACAUGUUUGCCACCUUGCGAUGACCGCUAUGUACUCGCUGAGCAUGGCAACAGAAAUUUAUUAUUAUGAGUCGAUGAUUGCUGCUGUGCCAAAUAUUGCAAGGAUGGCUGUACAAGCUGUGACAAUCGUUGGUCUAAUAUUGGCACAGAAAUGUUUGGUCUCUCCACCACUGGAACCACCGCGACGGAAGGGGCGACUGUUCGCGAAGCACUACAUGGAGGGUGAUUUAUUAAAGCCACCAGAAAAUGAUGAAGUAUCGCAACUUCGAAAGAAAUAUCUGUGA